AGGAAACUCCUUUCUAUCGAGACCUUGGCUCCUGAAGAAUGAGCAGCCAAUGAGUCAUCCUCCAGGCCUCUCGUCUCUCCCUGGCUGGGGAGUCUUCUAGAAGGGGGCCCCUCCUGACCACCAUGAAAGGGUUAGGAGCCAACCGCAAUCGCUCCGACUCCUGCGACCCCACCCAGGGCCCCCCGGAGCCCCUGUACCCCCACCAGGCCGCCACACUGCCUCGCAGCCCCUACCUUCUCAGCCCCACCAGCAUGGACCACUACGGCACCAUGGACCCGCACCACUACAACCCCUCUGUGGACCACCACUACAAUCAGGGCUCCCUGCCCCCGGACUAUUCUCUCCCCCUCAACAACCAGCUGUCCAACAGCAGCACCUUCCCCCGCAUCCAUUACAACGCCCACUAUGACCCGUCCGACUUCUCCCCGCCACAGGGGGACAGCAUCGGGGGCAUUAGCACGGGAACCCUGGGCACCUCCAUGUCCAUGGGCAUGGGAAUGGGCAUAGGGAUGCAUGGCUCGAGUGGCAUGGGGGGCCUGCAGAGCAGUCGGGGGCCCAUGAUCACCAGCGGCUCUGCCACCAUCUCCGGCGGGGCCAAGAUGAACCGGCAGCUGGCGCCUAACUUGCUGGACCAGUUGGACAAGCAGCUGCCUGGGGGGCCCAGAGAUGGCUUCAGCACACUGCAGUUCCACCGGAGCACAUCGGCCGCCCUCUCCGCCGCCUCCAAGCAGCGCACCGACAGCCCCGGGCGCAUCCGUAACCUGGUGUGCUCUGUCCAGAAGCUCUUCGCCAAGUCACAGUCAAUGGAUGGCCACAACCUCAAGGGUGUCAAUGGGCGUUCGGGGGCAGGAAGUGGCAGCGGUGGGACCUCAUCCGGGACCGAGGACGGUGGGAAGCGGGACCAGCGAGCAAAGAGCAAAGACCGGGGCGGGUCCAAGUCAGAUGGGGGCGGCACGGGCAAGCGGCGGCCGCGCUCCAACAUGUCGGGCUACUGGAGCUCGGACGACCUGGACAGUGCUGACCUCAGCAACUACCGCAACCCCAUAGCCAUGACACUGGGACGACCCACAGCACAUGCCACCCAGCACGCCACCCACGGUACUGCCUACGAUUCCCAGCAGGGGGCACUACAGCAGCAGCAGGGGCACCAGAGCCGCUACGUGGUCCACAGCGGAUACAAUACCAUCAGCUCAUCCAAGAGCCACAACGAGGUCAUAAAGUAUCAACAGGCACUGCCAGGACCUGGGGGCGGAGGUGGGGGCGGAGGAGGAGGUGGGAUCAGCAUGGGGGUGAACAGUAAUGACUUUAUGAAGGGGGGUUCGUGGUCGACACUGACCCUGGGUCAGCCCAGACAGGUGCUGCAGAAGGGCCACUCGGCCACCCUGGACCGGUCCAUGCUCAAGUCCAAGUCGUGCCAGCAGGAGCUGGCCUGCAACUACCUGCAAGUGGGCAGACAGGGGGACUGGAGUAACACGCUGGGUCGCAGCGGUGGAGUAGCCGGAGCCAACGAGAUCCCAUGCAGGCGCAUGCGGAGUGGCAGCUACGUGAAGGCCAUGGGUGACCUGGAGGACAGCGACGACUCAGACGUCAGCAUCAAGCCCUCGCCCAAAAUGGCCGCCCGCCGCCAGAGCUACCUCAGGGCCACCCAGCAGUCUCUGAGCGACCAGCUACCGUCACGCAAGAGCAGCAGAGCCCUGGAUUACGCCAUGCUGCAGGGGGAGCUGGAGGCACUGUGGUCUCCUCUGCACAGUGUGUCCUCUCUGCACCAACUGGGCAGCUGUCUUCCCUCUCUGAGAGAGUUGUCCACCAACCGUAGCCUGGACAACCUGGACUGUCUGGGGGGUCCGGUGGGGGGCUCCCUGUUCCCCCGCUGGGAUGAUGAGGACUUCAGCCAGGGUGGCGGAUGCAGCACCCUGGGGAGGAGCAGCUGCAUUAGCCAGCUACGAGACUUGGAGAUGUUGAGCCAACGCUACGAGGAUAGCUGCGCCGAGUCGUCGUUCCGAGAUUCCCACACACUCUCGCGCUCCCAUUCCCAGGCAGUGGAGCCUCCCGAUCUACCCAUGCCCACGUGCUUCCGAUCUCGUAGCCAUAGCUACCUGCGGGCCAUCCAGGCCGGAUGCUCGCAGGAUGACGACACUGCUUCUGUGGACUCGGAUUCGCCACCGCCAACCGCCACUACUGUUCGUACCUACAGCACCAGCACUGUCUCCACAUGCAUCACCACCUGUAAGAAGCCGGCGCCCCCGCCCGUGCCGCCCCGCACCACCUCCAAGCCCUACAUCUCGGUGACGGUGCAGAGCAGCACUGAGUCGGCCCAGGACACCUACCUGGACCACCAGUCUGAGCGCGACCGUCGCAGCGAGACCAUCACCAGCCAGUCUAGCCAGGCACACAGCAAUUCCUCCGACAGCCUCGACAGCACGCGCGCCAACAGCCUGGCUCGGGGUGUCCCUCGGCCUAUCCCCAUGCCCAUCGCCAUCCACCGGGAACCCCUCGCCACCACCGUCCACCACGCCACCACCGGGACUGACACCAAUGACUCCCAGCAUGAACCCCUGAGGACAGCCGGCAGCAGAGGGAGCCUGACAGCAGAGGAGCCACGAGCGGACAUCGUGCCCCGGAGAAAGCUAUCCUCCAUAGGGAUACAGGUUGACUGCAUUCAGGAGGAAGUCCAGCGAGAGGAGACACCGCCACCGCCAUUGGCCAGAUUCCAGUCAAUCGGAAUCCAGGCGGACGACGGCUGGCACAGUCGCUCCAGUAGCAUGGCCUCCAAGCAGGAGACAGACUCUGACACACAGGACCUUCCCAUUAACUCGCACGCCAACUCCCACGCCAAGCCCGCCGCCGAGAAGAAGAGCAUGGUCAACAGCGCCUGCCAAUCCAUGGCCUCGCCCCCGUGCAGCGGCCAGGUCAGCAAGGGCAACGGAUCAAAUCCCACCGUUGACACCAGUACGUCGCCACCUCCGCUUCGGCAGAUCCUCAACCGCUCCACCACACGGUCCGACUCCUCCGACUCCUUCUCCGAGAGCAUGGACCCAGCCCUGGACCCCUCAUCCCUGCCCCCUCCGGACCCCUGGCUGGAGAGCGGGAACGGAAAUAGCGGCAGCGGGAACCCUAACGCGGUGCCCCCUCCAGGCCCUGCCUGCCGGCGGGACGGCCACUGGUUCCUCAAGCUGCUGCAGGCGGAGACGGGCCGCAUGGAGGGCUGGUGCCAGCAGAUGGAGCAAGAGACCAAAGACAACCAGCUCUCAGAGGAGGUGUUGGGGAAGGUCCGCAGUGCAGUGGGCAGUGCUCAGCUCCUCAUGACCAAGAAAUUUGAGCAGUUCAGAGGGCUGUGUGAACAAAACUUGAAUGUGAACGCCAACCCGCGGCCCACAGCCCAGGACCUGGCGGGCUUCUGGGACCUGCUGCAGCUCUCCAUCGAGGACAUCAGCCUCAAAUUUGACGAGCUCUACCAACUCAAGUCCAGCGACUGGCAGUCCCCUGCCGUGGCCCACUCGCCCCCCGAGCGGAAGGAGGACAAGAAAGAGGCCCCUCCUCCAGUGCCAAAGAAGCCCGGUAAGGGGAGGCCGGUGCUGGGCCGCGAGAAGAGCGCCGACUCCGCCUCGUCCACCUCUUCGGCGGAGAAGCAGCGGACGGAGGCCCGCAAGCGCCUACUGGCUGCCAAGAGGGCCGCCUCGGUCCGGCAGAACUCGGCCACGGAGAGCGCCGACAGCAUCGAGAUCUAUGUCCCUGAGGCCCAGACUCGCCUCUAAGAGAGAGAGAGAGAGAGAGAGAGAGAGAGAGAAACUGGGAUGGAGGAAGGGAUGAUGGCGGAGGGAGAGAGGGAGGGUUGGGGUCUUUUCACCACACGCAGGGUCGUCUGGUCUUGGUGGCCGCCAGUCUACAGAAGAUGGAGUGAGAAACAAAGAGAGUGAGAGAGAACUUUUGGGUUGUAGACUAUAUGGGGAAUGCUUGUCUCCUCUCACGAGGCUGCAAUGGAAAAACCUAAACCACAGCCUUUGUUACUAUUUUUAGAACUUUUAUUGGGGUUAUUUUAUUAGGAUCCCCAUUAGCUCUUGCGAAAGCAGCAGCUACUCUUCCUGGGGUCCACACAAAACACGAAACAUGACAUAAUGCAGCACACAUUUAAAACGCCGCAGAUAGCCUACAUACCAGUACAUACACACAAAACUCUUGACUAUUUCGCAAAUGAUGACAUUUUUUUGUUGUUGAUGAUGGUAUUAUUAUUAUCUCCUUAAGAAACUAUAUCAAGACUAUUUUAGAUGUACCUGUAUCUUGGCUAUAAGAUAUCUAAUAUGCGGACAAGAGUAAGCGUUUGUGCUUUCCAAUGCCCCUCCCUCUCCCUUGCCUUGGCCAACCCAUAGUUUGCACAACACCACCAUGCGGUCAAACGUACACACACUUAUUCGGAGGAGCGCACACACACACACACGCACGCAUCAGACCCACAGCUAUCUUAUGUCUUCCUGGUGCUUUUUUGUUUUCAUUGUGUUCAUCUGUUUUGUAUGAGCCUUUGCCUGCAGCUCUAGAUUUGUGAGCAGUUUUGGAGAGCAGGGCACUGAAAACUGAAUUAGGAAAUAGAGGAUUGGGGUAUUUCAUGUCAAAUACCACAACUUUAUAUGUGAGAUCUAUUGAAAACAUAAUGUAUGUCUUUGUCCAACCUUUUUAAAGAUAUAUCUGAAAAAAAAAAGAAUCGGUACUUUAUAACCGACUCGAACUACACUCAUACGUCGAUAUUUACUGGAAUAACGUUUGAAGAUCCUACUUUUCCAUUGAGAUAUUGUUUUCUGCCAUUUUUGGUCUGAGGAUGUAUUCAUCAGCCAAUGUCCACAGUCCCGUGACAAUGUCCACGGUCCCGUGACAACACUUUGCACUCGCAUGUGUCUCCAUUGGUUUGUGAAUUUACUAAUCGGUCCUUUUUAUAAGGCACCACACAGGGGAAAAAAACAGACUGAAACCUGGUGGAAACUCUCGUUUAAUUUUCCAUUGCAAAAUGUUUCGCUAUGUUGUUCCCUAAUGAAUACAACCAUGGUGUAGGUAUAUCAGAUCAAUUGAAUAUAAUUCAGGUUUUGUGGAAAACGUAGACAGGACCACCAUAGAGAACUGUCCCACUGGGCAAAAAGUGAUUGAGUUUUUAUUGUUUCCUUGUUAUUUCAGGAUGCUUUUAACAACGUUAUGCUGCAUCAUUGUGGCGAUUUCAUUGAACAUUUCAAAAGUCUGUGGGUUUUAUAAAGUAGGUACUUCUAGCAACUCAAGCUUGUUGCGGCAGCAAUAUAAUUCAAAAUGGUUUCUCUCCCAAACUUCUGCCUCAACUUCCCUCUCUACAAUUCACCUUUUGGUGUUUUGGCAUCACUGUUUUUUAUAUUGUAAAUGAGUUUGCACAGAUGCUGGUGUGUUUCACAUAUGGGACCACUACUCAGUAUGCAUGGGAAAGUUGUGGUUAGUUCCACCUCAAAUCUCAGUCACGUCAACCAUUCAUUCCAUUUCAAAUCUCUAUAGGAUAGCAAAUGAAACUAAGGCCAAUUCGGACUUGAGGUUAAGCAUCAAAUAACUUUGACUAAUGCCUGCUAAAUGACAGUGGUUGUAUUCGACUGUUCUCCACACUGCACAUACCCAUGUAAAUGGUCUGUGAUUCACUGCACUGCAUAUUCAGUGCUACUGUAUGGCUUUUCCCACGUCACAGUUCCUGACCAGGCGGCCUAUUCAGAAGAGAGGGAGAAAGGAAAGGACACAACUCGAGAAAGGAUUAGGAGACUAGGAGAGGAAACUGCUUUAGACUAUUUCAGUAGCACUAUGUGAAACCAUGUUGGAAGCUCUCUUACCCCCCCCCCCCCCCCCCCCCCCUCCCGUACAGGUAAUAGUUUGCACUUCAUCUCAAUUGUCCAUGACAGUUUUGGAGGGAAGGAUUUCAUUCUUGAAUGUAGCAGAACACAUUGUUUGCAUUAAAGAUGUUUAACUAAGCACCCUGUCACACCACUGCCUACCAUUGUUGCAGUUUUCUUACUUUUUACGUUAAAUAUCAUCCCUAGCUACCUACAUUUUUUUUUAAAUUGAAACAAAUGAUUACAUCUCUCAUAGUACAUCUAUUUUUUUAAUUUCUUUGACAUGUAUUUUUUGUUGGUCCUUUAACAAAAUGGAAAUGCAUUACCUUUCUGCCUGUGUGGUAUGUAUAGCCAUCAGGUGGUUCACUCUCUCAAGGGGCCUGUAAAUGUGGAAAAUGGAAUGAUUCCAGUCAAGUGAUUAAAAAGUAGCCUAAUCGCUCAUCUAACAAAACAUAUUAACUUUGUCAAAUGAAAAUAUCGGUAAUACAUUCUUUAUCUGGGUGUGAGAGAUCAAUACGUUUUGGGGACAUUUGUUAGAGGGUACCUGUCAAAAGUUGGUGAUUUUCAAAUGAUGAAACUCUGAUGAAGACAGCUUGCUGUCGAAAACAUUAGUAACUAAAUCAUAGCAUCGGAGCUACUAGAGUGUAGCUAGUGUAGCAUUUCCUUUUCUCUAAAAAUAUGUUGCUUUCUCUAAAAGACUCCAAUGGUUGCGGGGAGACGCCAUGUGUGUGACCCAAGUGGCACCCUAUUCCCUACAAAGUGAACUCCCUUUGAAAGUACUUUUCAAAAGUAAUGCACUGUUUUUAGGGAGUAGGGUGCAAUUUGAGACAAAUUCUAUUAAAAAGGCAGAGUGAACUGUAUACUACCAGUGAACAGCAUUUUCACAGUUGGUCAUUACAAAAAUGCUUCCGACCAUACAUUUCCAACCAGUACUGUUUUAAAAUAUAUUUUUUUAUAGCUAAUUAAGACUUUUAGUGGUAGCCAGAUACUGGUUCAUUGUGUUUGUUUCUUGUUGUUUGACAAAACACUGAAGAAUGCAGUCUCCUCCCCCUUCUCACUAUCUCUCACACACUGACCAACUGCUAUUGAAUGUUCUCUGUCCAAAUCCACGUGGUUUCCCCACACAUGGCUAGGGCGUGCAGUAGUGACAGGGAACUCUACCUACAUCUUCACUAUAUGUCAGAGUCAAAACCAAUGACUUUUCUUCCAUUUCCCCUUCCCAUCCCCCCCAACAUGUUCUCCUAUACCAUAUUGCUGGCGACAAACACCUACCUUUCCCUGCUCAUUAAUUAGUGGUUCCUCAGUUGUUCCAAUGGCUCAGUCUGUUGAAGAUGGUGCUCGCAACACCCGGGUCACCACAUGGGACACAUACAAUGUGUUCGCUUGAAUAAAAACGACAUUCACUUUUUUUUUUACUUAAGUCAUUCCAACCAUAUGCCUGGUUGCUUGUCAGCUAGUUGCUCCAUUUCUCGUUUCUCAUUUUGGGGUUAUUUUUCUCCCCACCACCACAGUGACAGAAUAGCCUGAGCAUCAGGCUUUGCAUUGGAAAGGCCUGGCUUUAUUGGCCAUCAUCCCCCCUCCUGGGAAAAGGUCGGUCUUGAUUGCAGCCUAUUGUUUGCUGUUGUGUGUUUGCCUGAAUUGCUGAUGGCCCCCUUUGCUCUGCUCAGUAAACGGCGGGGUGUCAAUGGCUCUGCUCCCUCUCUGUGAAUAAGUCAUCUCCAGGCUUUGUGUGACAAUCACUUGUCAUUGGUGAUUUGAUCAUUUACCAGGAAGGGGGUUGGUGUGUCUGACAAGUUGUGUUCUUGGUUUGCUCUUGUGACCAAUGUAGUUAGACGUGGCUAUUUGUUUUUCAUGCUUAUUCUGGACCAUUCCAACUCGUUUCUCUGGUGUUUUGUAAUCCAGUGCCUUGGACUUGGAUGCAUUCUGUUAUAACAUGAGGCUCCUGAGUGGCGCGGUGGUCUAAGGCACUGUAUCUCAGUGCAAGAUGCAUCACUGCAGGAGCUGGUUUGAAUUCAGGCUGCACCACAUUGGGAGUCCCAUAGGGCGGUGCACAGUUGGCCCAGGGUCGUCCGAGUUUGGCUGGGGUAGGCCGUCAUUGUAAAUAUAAUUUGUCCUCAACUGACUUGCCUAGUUAAAUAAAGGUAAUUUUAAAAAAUGAUAAUAACAACAUAUUGGUGAGAUGAGGGCAGUGGAAGGUAGGCCAAGAAAGAAAACAAGUAGGCGGCCAGUACGAUACAGAACAUUUUUACAACGAAUACAUACUGUAUAAGGAGCAGAUCGGCCUAUAGUGUAUAUAACAUCAGAACGCACGACUGCAACACAUUUUGACUAAAAGAGUCUUCUUCAGGCAGCGUGAACAUGUGGGUAACAAGUGUUAUUUGUAGCACUAUAUGAGAGCCUGCUAGAUUGCGCAAAGCAAUUUAUAUUGUAAGUCGAUAACAGGGUAAUGGUCAAAUGAAGAAAAUAAUGAAAUUGACUGUAUCAAUAAUGAUAAGAAUGGAUGUCACCCCCCCCCCCCCCCCCCCCCCCCCAUCACUUCACUUGGGCUCCGGCGGGCCCCUUCUGGCCUUCCAAAACCACUUCCAGACACCCGUUUUCCAAGGUGGUUUCCCAUCCAAGCACUAAUCAGGGAUAAUCCUGUUAGUUUCAGAGGAAAGACAACUGAGAUCUGUCAACACUGCCAGCUUUAUUUCGAUUUGAGUCAGUUCCUGACAGGAAUUGAAAUAAUGUAAUAUGCAUAUGGUGAGAGUGCGAGGCAGAGAGAGAGAGUGAUGGAGUGCGUCAAGGACAAAAAAGCUAUUACAGGAUGACCGAAAGGCAGUCCACUUCUGCUCUAAUCUGCGUGAAUACGUAAAUGACAGCAACUGUCUGUCCCUGAGAGACUACGGCAGAGGCUUGUCUCAUACAUUUAAACAACCCACUGCUCCAAUACACAAACCCGAGGGACACACCUAGGCCAAUUUCCUCAAGAUGUUUAACCAAUGUCCUGAUUCUCUGUAGGCAUGAAAGAUCUUAUGACACGUGUUGAGGUGUUUUAAGACAUAAUGUUUUAAGCGUUUGUUUCGGAGAUUUAGAUCUAGGCCUUACUCAGGUGUAUUGGAUUGGUCGAUAUUCACAAUGUCGCAUUUUGCUUGAAAUUAUGAAGCCAUUGUUUUGUUUAGAGGAAAUCGAGUGACUAAUUGACAAAGGCCAGUUGAAAUACUCUUAAACCAACAACAACAACAACUUUAUCAUGGUCCCUUUGGUGUAGAUUACACAGUGUACACUGACUUGAUGUGUUCCAUGAAACUGCAUUUGACCAUGCUGUUUUCAUGCAUUAAAAGUGUUCACUUGAUAUUCUCAUGAGUUGUAGGUCUGCAUUGGUAGCAAACCUCCACAAGGAAGAGACAUUUUAGACUGUCUCAUAAUUAACAGCUCUUGUUUAUUAUAAUGGUAUUUUCAAGGCUUUACAAUAUUGCUAAAGUGUGGCCAUGUUCCAAUUCCUUACUGCAUUUAGCGAUGCUGUUUGUCUUGUCACACUUAAUCUCCUUAUAACUCAGAAGUGUUUUUCACAUCACCAGUUUUGACUCGACUCAUCUGUGCUGUUAGUGAGUGUGACAUAUUAGGGUGGUCAACAAUCUUUUUGGAUGUGUUCACUAUGGAAUUCUGACUACGGGCCAUUUCCUGAACAUUUUUCUACAUCUUCAAACUUCUAGAAGACAUUGCUGUCGUGGUGGACACUUGCCAUUCUCACUUGGACUCAACAGCAAACUCAUUUCUGUGAGACUGAAGUCAAUUUGAACUGAUUUACAGUAUAUGACUCUCAAGGCUAGGAUACAACAAUACAUUUCAGGGGGUGCCCAGAUAGGGUACUCCAGGGUAGGAGUACAUGUCAUGCCACUCCCUGGUCCAAAGGCCUACGAAGCAAAAAUAAGCCCCCUCCUGAAUUGUCUGUCCACUUUUACUUUGUACCUUUGGCCUACAAGGGUUGGGAGAGGGAAAGAACCAACACUCUUACCACAGGAGAUAUGAAGCAAAAAAGAGAGACACUAUAACAAACAAUAAUGAAAUAUUUUAUGAAACAAGCACAUAUUUUAUUGAAUAGGAUUUGUUCAUUAUUGAUAAUGCUAUACAAGUUAGACUGUAUUUGUCAGGGUUUUCGGUUUAGUGUAAAAGGUUGAGAUGAAAUUAGAUUUACUAUGAUUCCUGUGACUAUAUCUACUCUGGUAACAUUAAAGCAUAUUAUGAAAUACAAAAUUAAUUGAGUAAAUUGGUUCUAUGCUAAGUUGAACAUGCUAUGAUAAAGUAAUUCACUAGCCUGGUCCCAGAUCUGUUUUGUGAUGUCUUAGCUUAUGGUCAUUGUAACGCAGCACAAACAGAUCUGGGACCAGCUAGUAAUUCCCCAUGUGCUCAUCAAAAUCACAUUGUUGUAAAUAAGAACUAAAUCUGAAUGCAGAGAACCGCUUAAUCUUUUACAAUGUUGUAGAUUUCUUUAUACAAUUUCAAAGAGCUCAUUUGUUCAAAUAUGUACUGUAUAACGAAGAGAGAAUAUCAUUCAAUAAAUUGCACACAAUACUUUUUCAAAA